CGUCCGACAAGCACAAGUCCUGACCAGAGCUGUACCAAGUCGUACAUGGACAGACGACAUCAACACUCGAGCUGUGACGGACAUGCAGCGACGCAUUAGGCAGAGCGGUGGGGACGGAGAUGUUGCUUUUUGGGUGUCUGUCCUGAACUCAGUCUUGUUUAGGGCUAUGCCUCCGACCUCAACGACGAACAAUGGCAACGCCCCCAAAGUUCGUCAAGCCAAGAAGAAAGCUCCUCCUGCCCCGGCCCCCGCUCCCGCCCCGCUCCCUGCUCCCGCCCCUACCUCCACCCCCUCAUCAAAGGCCUGGGACAUUCCAGACAUCCCGGAUGUCACAAAUGUUCGAGGAAAGUACCGUGGGGAGGCGCACUAUCGGGGUACUCCCCCCGCUGGUGUGUGCGACCACCAAUGGAAGCUGGCCUUUAAGGCCUUGAAGGAUAGGCUCCGGAAGUCGUCCGGAUUGUCCGUGGAGACAAUCCACAAGCUGGAGAUGCUGGGGUGGAUCUACCAGGUCUGCCUUGUCCGUCUGGGGGUCCGUCCUCGGGACAACUGCAAGUGCGAUGAGUGUAAGAAGUAGUUCCUGCCUUGGGCAGAUGUUAGGAA